AUGUCGAGGAGAAGCACAAGGACCAGUCGAUCUUCCACUCCUUUAUCACAGAGUGAAAGAUCAUCGCGGGAGUCGGUGCCUCGUGACCCACCUGAUCUCAAGGAUGACACAUCUGAUUCUGUCGAAUCCUCCCCUCAAACUGAUAACCGCUCAGACGUGAAGCGAGUUUCCGGCUUUAUCGAUCAAUAUAAUGAGUCGCCCUGUCCCCCAGAGAAGCGUGCAGCGAAGCCACGAGCCAAAAACACUCGGCGUAGUGAAUCUCCCUCGCCCGAGAAUGGCGAGAAUGAAACUAUUGAUCUGACAAAGUCCGACGAUGAACCCGAUGAUGAUGAAUCCUGCACGGCACCCCAACCCCCCUCUCCAUCCCCCAGCCCCUUGAAUGGGAAUUCUUCCCGGAAGAGUGCCAAAAAAGGUGGCACGCCUUUGAGAAAUUCACCAACUCCCUCACCACCGCUGACGAUAGAGGAAUUGGAAAGCGAAAUCAAAGACAUCAUCACGGAGGCAGAUAGAUUUUAUACGGAGGAGAAACCGGGACAUGUUUAUGUAUUUGCAGACCCCGAUGGAAAAGCCCCUCAUUUCAAAAUCGGCCAGACAAACGACUGGAAAUCUCGGCAGGCAUGGCAUCGAAGUAAUUGCAAAGCCACUUGGAAGUUGCAUAAGAUACCAUCCAACGGCGGAACUCGAGCAUACGUCCACCUGGAGAAGAUAGCACACACCGAACUAACGAAUUUGAAAUACAAUUUUGAAUGUCUUUGUGGCACGGCGCAUAAAGAAUACUUUCUCGGUGAGAAGGACAUGGGACUCGAUGUCCUUCGCUUCUGGGCUCGCUGGAUGAAAGAACAUAGCCCUUAUGACGAGAAUAUCAACCUUUCUCCCUUCUGGGCUGAAAGGCUCAAGAUUCUAGGAGGGGAAGGAUUUGAUAACCACAGAUACAGAUGUCCUAAGGCCGAAUGUCAAGAUGCGGCAGAGGUCAGAACUAGCUCAUGCCAGGCGUGUCUCCGGUUGCGCCUGCAAGCAUGGACUGAACCUACGCGUUGGGACAAAUUUUAUUACGAGCUGUUAUGCAUAUGGAGAAAUGUGGCAUUCAUAUGGACAUUUAUCUGCGAUCCGAAAGUUCAUCUUGUUGCACUCUUUGUGUAUUCUGUUGCUAUGCCCAUUGUUGCUCUGCUCAUUACGUGGGAAAGGGCUUCUAUUUUGAUAUUCUUGCCACCUUUUAUCACCUUUUUUCGCCUCUGGAAAACGUUGUCUCUGUUUGAAAAAAGUCAAUCGGCGAGAGGCCCAACGAAACCCCAAACGCCUGGCAGACAAUCUACUAGGAAGGUUUCAGUAUCACCUACACCAGCCAAAUUGGAAGUUCUCAGUGACCAGGACAUGUCGCCGUCUAUAACACGAUCAAGAAGCAUAAGUGAACUUAUCGACGAUGUCCCCGAGACGCAAAACACCCCCAAAUCUUCGACACCCGGCGCCUCAAAGACAGAAAUGGAUCCGAAAUUCUUGACACCAGAACGGCCAAGGUCUGGUACAAAGCGACGGAAAAGUCACAACUAA